GGGGUUAGAGGUGACGAUUGGAAUGAAGAUGGCGGCGCCCGUGGAGACUGCUCACGUUGCGCGCUGUGCGAACCGGACUCCGCACGUGCUGUCCUGGGGCAGAGGAGGGCGAGUGGCGUUUGGGAGCUGCCGUUCGGUUGUGAUUUACGAACCGGAGAAAAGAAGUGUGACUGAAACUCUGAAUGGACACAAAGGAAGAGUUAACUGUGUGCAGUGGGCUCAUAGAGAUGAUUGCAGCCCUGAGACAGAACUUGUGUCUGGAGGAUCUGAUAACGGCCUGAUUGUUUGGGAGUUGCAGAAUUUUAAGUUUGCAGCUUCCACCCAGCUAGAAGGGCAUUCAGGAGCUGUGUGUGCUGUAACCACUAUUUAUGAAACUGUUGACUUGGAUGAACAUCCAAAAUUGCUGAUCGCUUCAGCAGCAGCAGACUCCUCUGUCAAAAUUUGGACUAAGCAAGGUUUUGUGGGUGAAUGCAUACAAACCUUGUCAUUCGGAAAUGGUUUCAUGAUGGAUGUUGCGUUAGCCCGAUUGCCAGGCAGUAAUGCUGUAAUUCUGGCUUGUGGUGGUGAUGAUGGCAAAGUUUAUUUAUUUGUCCGAGAAGAUGAACAAUUUCAGAAAAUUCAGAUACUUAUGGGCCAUGAAGACUGGGUUCGAGGAGUUGAAUGGGCUCUGUGUGAUGGAAACCUUUUAUUAGCGAGCUGUUCACAGGACUGUUUGAUACGCAUAUGGAGAAUAUUUACAAGGACACAAUUUACUUCCAGGCAUUGCAAUGAAGGCAUUAUUAAAUUAAAGGAAGACUUCUUUUGUGUUCAGGGUGAUAAGGGAGCAGUGACAUAUGCAGUAACUUUGGAAACCGUGCUGGCUGGUCAUGAAAACUGGGUUUAUGGACUACAUUGGCAGCCCCCCUUUCAUAAAAAUGGCAGACUUGAACAGCCCUUGUCCUUGUUGUCUGCAUCAAUGGACAAAACAAUGAUUCUCUGGGUUUCAGAUGAAGAAUCUGAUGUCUGGUUGGAGCAGGUUCGUGUUGGAGAAGUGGGUGGAAAUACAUUGGGAUUCUAUGGCUGCCAGUUUAGUCCAGAUGGAUCAAUGAUAUUAGCUCAUGCAUUCCAUGGAGCUCUUCACCUCUGGUCUCAGAAGAAGGCUCAGAAGGGAGAGUGGAAACCAGAAGUUGUGCUUUCUGGACAUUUUGGUUCUGUACAAGACUUGAUCUGGGAUCCUGAAGGAGAGUUUAUCUUGAGUGUUGGCUCAGAUCAGACAACUAGAUUGUUUGCUCCUUGGAGCAGGCCAGGACAUGAACAGGUAACCUGGCAUGAAAUAGCACGACCACAGAUACAUGGAUUUGACAUGCAGUGCUUAGCUAUAAUUGGCCGUUUUCAAUUUGUUUCUGGUGCUGAUGAGAAAGUGCUUCGAGUCUUCACUGCCACCAAAAACUUUGUGGAAAAUUUCAGUUCCAUUACCUGUAUCCCACUUGAGGACUUGCUCUCAAAGAGUGUAAAUGAGGAAAUCCCUGAAGGUGCUAGUGUACCUGCUUUAGGAUUGUCAAAUAAGGCAGUUUUUAAAGGAGAUAUAGCUGCCAAUGCUAGUAAAAUGGACCAAAGUGCAAUGCCGCUCAGUGCUGCUGACCAGUAUCCUCAGACCUACUUCCAGCCAAUCAACCUUACAGAACCUCCCUCAGAAGACCAUCUUUUGCAGAACACACUCUGGGCCGAAGUUCAGAAGCUGUAUGGACAUGGAUAUGAAGUAUUCUGUGUUGCCUGUAAUAACUCAUCGACUGUGGUAGCUUCAGCAUGUAAGGCCUCCAAAGUAGAGCAUGCAGCAAUUAUUUUGUGGAGUAUCUGCAAAUGGAAGCAGCUCCUUGCCUUGCCAUUCCACAGCCUGACCAUUACUCAGUUGGCAUUUUCACCAGAUGACCAAUUCUUGUUGGCAGUUUCGCGAGACCGAACCUGGUCUCUCUGGAAACAGCGUGAAAUGGCCAGAUCUGAUUCAGAUCCUUUUUUCUCCUUGUUUGCAUUCACUGAUAAAAAUACAUCUGUACACAGCCGAGUUAUUUGGUCCUGUGACUGGACGUCCAAUAGUAGAUACUUUGUCACUGGUAGCCGUGACAAGAAGCUGGUUGUGUGGGGUGAUAUGACUUCAGCUGGAAAAACUGAAGGAUGCCAAGGCAUUGUCAAGCCAUGUUCAUCAGUGCUGGAUGUAGGAGAUGCAGCCACAGCUGUCAGCUUCAGCCCUAUUACGAGUCUAGAUGGGAGCUACAUUCUUGCAGUGGGUUUGGACUGUGGAAACAUAUUAUUAUACAAAUGGAAACCAAAUGAAAAUACUUCAGCAAGUGCAGACUGGAUGAAAUGUUUGAAACUGGACAAAUCACAAUGCCAUACUCUAACCGUUAAACGUCUGCGGUGGAGACAAUCUGUGGGAAGAGCAGGUUAUAAUGAUGAGGGUGACAGCAACUGGUUACAGCUAGCAAGUUGUAGUACUGAUCACGGUAUCAGUAUUUUCAAUGUUAAUAGAUUGUCCCUUUAACAUGAAAAGAAGAAAGUUUUUAUUCAGAUUUGCUGCAUUUCUGGCUGACAAAAUUCCAUCAAAUAUUGAUAUCCUUUUCUAACUUCUGGAAAGCAAUGUUAGCUACCCAAAGGAAAAUGGUACUAUGAUUGAAGAGAAACAUUCUUCUGGUAUACAGUGGCAGAAACAAGAGCAAACACAGAACAAAUGUGUAGCAUUCUGGAGCUAUCGUGCAUACGACAGAGAAAAAUAUGAAAGUGUGACCGUCACAGGACCCCUUUUUAGCCCAUUUGUCAGCAGUUUUGUGGAAGAGAACACUUGCUUGAAACAGCACAGUACAGCAUUUCUUUCUGCAAUGUUGUUCUGUUGUCCAGAAGCUUAACAAUAAUUGAAAAGUGCAAUGGGAUAGAAUUUAUUUUUAAUAAAUGUAUUAAUCAAGGAUUUGCAAGCAUUCUUCCAGCGAUGGUGGGUUUCUAAUGUUAGAGACACAAUGAACUUUGAAAAAGAAUUGUGUUCCACAAUUUCAGUUUGCUAAAUGGGGUUCAUGACAACUUCCAUUAACAGUUUCUAGAAAUUUUAGCAUUCUCUCAAAAUGUUCUGGACUGUUCUCCCUUCCUGUACCAUCUGUGUAUAUAUGCCUGAGACAACAGUCCUUUCCCCACUAAUAGGAAAACAAAUCAUGCUCCCAGCAUAAUGUAUUUAAUUUAACCAUAAUCAUUUUAACCCCAACAUUAUUCUGUCAGGUUGUUUUUAGCCUCAAACCAAUUUUCUUUUGAAUUUUUAUCUUGACAAUAAAUAAGCAAUCAAAUGUUUUUAAUUGUUGUUGUAAAAUUAUUUUUAUUUUGGGACACUAUUUAUUUUAAAAAAUGAAACCAGUUACUCCAGAAGCAUUAGCUGUUACAAAGCUCUUCUACCUUCGCUAUUUUAAAUGUCACUCCUAGGUGCCAUUUUCUCAGCUUAUGUAUGGCUAGGUUUUUUUUUCCCUGAACCAACGGUUUGAAUCCAACACUGAAGGAGAACAUCAGCAUACUGCAAUGGUGAUCUGUUUGCCACUGAGCUCAGUAGAUCCAUAUCAUAUCAUUUCACGUGCACAAUAAAUCAGCUACCUUUUCAA